AUGACAACCCCAAACAACCGCCCCCCUCCACCCCCGAAAAACAUCCGCCCCCUCAACCGCUACAUAACCACGCACUCCCUCACGACCCAGAAAGCCAUCUUCUCAACCACCCUCCCAGAAGAAAUGCCCCUCCAACAAAUCAACGACUCAGCCGACGCGCAGUUCUCGCUCGCCUACACCACCGACUCAUUCCCCGUCGACCUGGCUGCGGAGCGCGACAUCCCCGCCUACAGCCACUACCUUUCCAACCCGCCGGGCAUCACGAUCAGCACGGGCACCGUGUGCCGCAUCGUCGACAUGCCGCCGCACGCCCUGAGCCCCAUGCACCGCACCGUGUCGCUCGACUACGGCGUCGUGCUGGAGGGCGAGGUCGAGCUGGUGCUGGACUCCGGCGAGACCCGCCUCCUUAAGCGCGGCGAUGUCGCCGUCCAGCGCGGCACUAACCAUGCCUGGCGGAAUGUUACUCCAGAUACUGUGGGCGCUGAUGGCGAGGCUGUGCAAAAUUGGGCACGGAUGUUGUAUGUGCUUUCUCCGGCGGUUGGGUUGGGGCUUGGGGAGGAUUUGGGCGGGAUUGAGGUUAGGGAUAGUACUUAG